AUGGCAGCCACAGCCACACAGCUGGUGCAACCAGCCCUUGUCUCAGAGCUUCCCAGCAAGGAACAAGCCGCAGUCACAAUUACAGAAUUGCAACCAACCACAUUCACACAAAGGGCACUCGUCGUGAACCAUGAGAGGAAAUACGAGCUGCGACAAGACUUUGCUACGCCAGCCUACCUGGCCGACCACGAGGUCAAGAUCCGCACCUGUGCAGUCGGCCUGAACCAGAUUGACUACAAGUCCGUCGACUACAACUUUUGCCUGCCGCAACUCCCGUGGAUCACGGGCCGCGAAAUGGCCGGCGUCGUGGAAGAGGUUGGCGCCGGCGUCGCGCAUCUCCAUCCCGGCCAGCGCGUCUGGACCUCGACCUACUACCGCGAUCGCCGCGCCGGCUGCUUCCAGGACUACGUCAUUGUGCCGCAGCACACCGUCUCCGCCAUGCCCGAGGCCAUGUCCUACACUGACGGCGCCUGUCUGGGCGUCUGCGGGCUCACGGCCGCCAUGACGCUGUGGCGGUGGUUCGAGGUCCCGCUACCGUACGGCGAUGCCACCUCGGACAUGAUGACGCCGCCCACCACGCCCCCGUGCAAGCCCGUCGACGCUGCCGCCACAACUCCCGCCCUGCUCAUCUGGGGCGGCUCCUCGGUAACGGGCCAGUUCCUCACGCAGCUGGCGCGGCGCGCGGGCCUGCGCGUCGUCUGCGUCAGCUCGGCCAAGACGGCGCCCAUGCUCCUGGACCUGGGAGCCGCGCACGUGGUGGCGCGCGACGGCAAGACCGAGGACGAGAUUGUCGCCGAGGUCCAGCGCUACGCCGGCGACGACGUGACCAUGGGCGUCGACCUCGUGGGCGCCAAGACGGCGCUCGCGACGCUGCGGUGCCUGUCGGCGACGCGAUCCGCGCGCUUUGCUCCGCUGGCCUGGGCGCCCAAGGUCGAGGUGGCAGACAAUAUCGAGGUGCUCAAUGUGGAGAUGAAGCAGUUUGUCCUCAACCCCGCCUCGGCCGUCUACUCGGACCAGCUCACCCGGUUGGUCGAGGCUGGCGAGAUUCGGCUCCCGGAGAUUGAGGUGCUCAGCGGCGGCCUGGAUGUGGUGGAAAAGGGCCUUGACAGGCUCAAGCGCGGCGACAUGGCCGGAAAGAAGUUGAUUGUUGACAUGUUGAAUUAA